AGUAAAGUUAAAGUGUAGUUUAUUAUUCAGCCGAUAAUUUUGUAGGGCAAGGCAGCGAUAGAAAAGCCACACAAUACCGAAAAUCUUUGGUAUUUUGCAUAUUACAUUAUAAAUAUUUUCGUGAGUUUUGCGAAUUUAUAUGUGUAUAUUUAUUGUACAUAAAUAUUACAGAGAUAAAAUGUCCGACGACAAAGACAUGAAGCAUAUUGUUGAAACAAUGUUUGACAUUACUGGCCUGGAUAAAAAUCAAAUGAACAUUUUGCUUUCCAAUCCAACGUGUCCACCUCCAGAUCCAUCAUCAAAUGUGCCACAAUCGUCUAAGAUUAUCAUAAAUCUUGUUAAUGAUCUUGUCGACACGGGCGGUGACCAUCAAUUCAAAACCGACAAUCCAUUCAAUGGCAUGCAAAAGUGUGGGUAUUUCAUGCCUAACAAAGGCCAACCUUCAACAUCAAGUAAACCCAAAACCUUAUUGGCAACUCAGGACGUUAAGCCGUUCAGAUUAUUGUCGGGAAAUAGCAUUAAUAAUCUUGUUGGGACAAAUCUCUCUGCCCACUACAAAAUGAACAGGAAAAACAAUUUGAUCAAAAAUUACCAAAAGGCGAGGGACAUGAAAAUUAUGCACUUUUACAGAUGGAUCGUUGAUCAUCGGUACUUUCAAACUGCACAAACCAAACCAGAUUUUAUCUGUAGCGAUGGUCGGUUGCGAGACAUACUGCUGACCCCAAUUAGCAGAGAGGCGUGGACCUUUAAUGCUAUCCGGAUUCACGACAUGAUCUUCUUGUGGGAUGCAAAACCAACUAAACGAGGAGGAGAUAUUGGAUCAUAUAGCGCAUUGAGAUUUCAGCAAAUGGCGACAGGUCACUCCAACCCGGAAGUUGUGAAGGAACAUGAAAAGGUGCAUUCGGUAGGGCUAAUUCCUUUCCAGUACGGAUCUCGCCCCUCACACCAACUCUUGAUGUACACGGAUGCUAACGAGGGCAGCAUGGGAGACAAUGUCAUUGUUCGUAUGAAGUCAUUAAAUAGCAGAGAAAAAAGUGACAAAUUCCGCAAAUAUUGGGGAGAUAUUGUGGUCUUGUCAGCUUCAAAAUUUGUAUUAGGUCUUGCAGACGUUAAUAGUGGAGAUCAUAUCUUGGCCAAGACCGAAUUUCUGAAUGAAGCACAAUUAUGGACUAGAUCAAGAGUAGGAGAACCCAUGAAAUCUUCACGACAUCUUUGCUAUGACUUUGUUGAUCAAGUUUUGGUCUGGAUGAAACUUCAACUUCCAAAAAACGACCAGACAGUGGUCAAGAAAUUUUCAUAUUCCAAAAGUAAAUCUGGAAUACAGGAUGGAAAGUUUACCAUAGAAUGUAAUACUGAACGUAUCGGAGAGAAAAAAUUAAACACACUGUUACCUCGCUGGUUUCUUGAUGGUGCUUUAGGCAUAAAAUAAUUGUUUAAUAGUACAGUUGUGACUCAAAGUAUUACCUCCAAGCUUUAUCUCUCCACACUCAACUGUUCCACUCACAGAGUUAUGAUUAUACUUGUUUUUACAUUUGGAAUUACAAUUUUUCUGUUUAAGAACAUUUUAUUUGUCAAUCAUUAUUAUCAUCAAUUAUCAUUUGUCAAUCUUCAAUGCAAGAAAUUUGAAAUAUUUUUUAUCAAGGACAUGUACAUUAAAAUGAACGUUAUUAAAGCAA